AGAAAAGUGCUUUGAAUGCGUACGCGGAAUAGUUGGGUUUUUACUUUCAGUUUCGUUUAGACUCGGCGUGCAGUGCUGUAGUGAGAGUGCUUGGUUAUAGAUAUGCGGUGUGUGAUUGGCUAGUUACGUGUGUGUGUGCGUGCGCGCGCUGUUACAGUUUCGCGCCAAUUUUUGCGGGAAAAUCAGCGCCAAAGUUUUCCGCUGUUGUAGUUUAGACGUAGUAAAACUGGACGAAAAGGAGAGAAAAUCAAUCUAGUCGAAAUGAAUCCAAACUCAAAGCUUAUUUUCAGUGAGACGCUCUUCGUAUUAUUAGCAUCGAUCAGUUCAACAAUUCAUGGACAGCUAUGCCCUCCCGGAUUGAAUUUGUCUCUAGUGAAAAUUCCGAAUGUAGCCCCUACUACGACCACACAACCAGUUCUGCUCUACGCCAAUCGACCAGGCGUUGCUAUAACAGCUGAGUGCUAUCACAGAUGCAGUCAGUCGAGUGAUUGCUCAGGAUUCAUAGUUGACUACAAGCAGGGCUCGUGCUUCAGAGUCAGCAUCUCCAGGCUGAAUGUGGAACAGUUCGUUCCCUACCCAGAUGCCAAUUUCUUCGAGAAAGUGUGCCUGAAAGUACCUGCGAAUUGCACGAAUAAGGUUUGGCCGAUUGAACACAUUCCUGGCCAUGAACUAGUCGGCCAUCAACACACUGUUGUACCAGGAGUUAACAGCAAGUGGAGUUGUGCGCAAAUGUGCCUGGACCAGUACGAGCGAGGGAAUGGUCUGCCAUGUCUGUCGGCACAAUACGAUGCCAACUCAAAGACUUGCACGUUCAGUCAUCACAGUCGCCACACGCAGCCUGACGCCUUCACCGUCUCCACGCGCUACUCCAGCGACUACAUGGAGAACCAGUGCUUGCAUGAUCAGGAAAGGACCUGUUGGCGGGAUGCAGUUUACAACGUUUCAUCACUGAGGGCCGACCUACAAAUUGAAAAUUUGCGAACGCAGGAGGAGUGCGAAAGGAGAUGCCAAUCUGAAACGAACUUCAAAUGUCGAGCAUUCUCUUUCCGCUGCCCACCCGACUCCUAUCAGCGAGGAACUUUGUGCUCUCUUCACUCCGAUGCCGUCGGUGAGACGUCCGAAUACCUCGUUUCUACUCCUUGCUCUGUCUACAAGGAGAUGAUAACGUGCUUAGAUUUGUCAGUGGAAUGCGGUGCGAACACAAUGGUGGCAACACUGAACUGGCCUGGCUUCACCGGUCAGCUGUUUGCACUGGGUCAUGCCAACGUGUGCGGGGUGCAGGGCUCUGGAGCUGGCAACAGCACGCAGCUCGUCAUCCCCGUGCCGGCUGGGGACCAGUCGCAGUUGGAGCGCAAUCGGUGCGGCGUCAAGGUGGUCAGGAGUGUCGGCGCUGUCAACAGAACCCAGGCGUCAACAGUGAUCGUCGUGCAACACCACAAAGUGAUUCAGACGAUCAGCGACCGAGUCGUGCGCCUGAGCUGUGUGCUCUCCAACUCUGGCUACUCGUCCUUCAGCAACAACAUCACUCUCAAUGCUUCCUUCGGAGUCAGCGAGCCAAGCGUUCAAAAUGUGAUAACAGGAAAUGGAAGCAACAUUUUGGAGCCGGCUAAUGCCAGACUAUCGAUAGUGGACAUAUCGAAGGGUGGACAGCCGGCCAUGGAGACCCAACUGGGUGAUGAGUUGCAGUUCAGGAUUGAUAUCGAUCCGCCCUACAAUGUGUCCAUGAUACGCGCCGGCCACCUGGUGGCAAGUUCAGGCACCGGCCAGGACUCCAUUCUGCUGCUGGACUGGCGGGGAUGUCCACCAGACACGUCCGUGUUUCCCGCGCUGGUUCCCGCCGGUGACCACGCCCUCGCCGCCACUUUCCGCGCCUUCCGCUUCCCCGCCUCACCCAUCCUCCGCUUCAGUCUCGUGCUCACCUUCUGCGAGAAUGUCUGUCAACCGACAGAGUGUGGUAACCGUGUGGUGUCAUACGGACGUCGUCGGAGAGCCGCAGACGUAUUAUCUGAGAUGCCUCUGCAGCUGGCCAUCAUAGUCAGGGAGCCGACCGCUCUCCCCGAAAACGCCACCGUCAUUCCAGAGGCCUCCAGAUCCAACGAGGACGGCAUUGGUGUAUUCUGCGCGAGCUACAGCAGUGCAAUAGUGGUGGCUCUGGCGAUCGUGGUUGGCCAGACUGUGUUGCUGAUAGUGUGCUGUGUGGCACUGGCCAGGAGGGAGAAACAGAACGACCAGGUCAGUCUGCAGAGCGACUUCCAUCCGCCUGACGACCGACACAUCACCUGGGCCGAUCAGCUCAACUCUAACAAAUUGCAUCCUCCUUUUGAGAGUCCGAGACCACAAACGCCAUUAGCGGCCAUCAGUAACAUGAGUAGCUGAUUGCAGACUCAUGAUUCGAUUUAUAGUGCGAAACUGCCAUACAUCUUGGAGGUAUCCUUAAAUUCUAUUUGCAUCAACUCAGCUAUCAUUUGGAGAUGGCGCCUCUGAAGUUACCAUAACUGCCUUUCAAGAGCAAAAAUUAACAUGAUUUACAGUAUUACAUUAACAUUCUAUCUUUAAGUACAGUAGCUUGAGUGAACUUUUUCUAGUGAAUGAACAAUAUAGAAUUGUCAUGUUGUUUAUUAUUGUAUUAUCAUUUGAGAAUAAAAGACAUGUUUUUUA